AUUACAUCAUCUUAUUUGUAGUGGAAACACGCGAAAAUUGCGCACAUAACCUAUCACCUUAUAUCGGCCCCCCAAUAAAGUACCCUUAAAAAUUUAAACACACAUAAACUUCUCAAUUAAUUUGUAGUGUACGAUGGUCGGCGAAAAGUGACCGCGGCAGUCAAGCAGGCGUCGGCGCUUUGACAGUUCUCGUCAAAAAUCGCGAAAAGUGGCAAUUGUAAUUUUGUAUCGAGGUGGGCGUAACUAAUCUCGAUUGUUUCGAGUGUUUUCUUUUUUUUCGGGCGCUGGUCGUACUCUCGACUUCUGGCAGUUCUUCCAUCUCAUUAUUAUUGUGGGCAGCAUCUAAUUUUGACUCGGCGCACGCGCCAAAAAACAUUUGUAAAUAAAAUUAAAAUGGAAAAUAAAAAUAAUCACAGAUAUGUCCGCGAGUUUUCUUAAUGUUUUCGGUUGUGUCGCGACGACCACGUGAUCGUGUACACUCGCUGUGACAGUCGUUUGAAUUUGGCGCUUAUUUUUAACCAGUAUGGAUCGAACGAUGUAUGGGAAAAUCGUGCCGGGGACUUUACACCCCUACCAGUGCACUUUGAAAAAUGGAACGUCACCUGGAUGUUCUCAGCUCAAAAAACACCGAAAACUACCAAUUUACGUAGUGGAGUACCAUAAUGAAGUUCUUCCUCAUAUCUACAGGAACAUCGGUUCCAAAUAUUUACCACUCGAAGGUACCACGAUAGUGCACUUCGACUCACAUCCAGACAUGUUAAUCCCGAAAAACAUGCCCGAAAGUUACGUCUACGAAAAAGAAAAAUUGUUUGAAGAGAUAAGUAUCGAAAAUUGGAUGCUACCGGGAACUUACGCCGGCCAUUUUAAAAGUCUGUGGUGGAUUAAACCACCAUGGGCGAAACAGAUGGAAGACAGUUGUCAAACUUUUCGAAUCGGUGCUAAUAAAAACGGACACAUUCGAGUCGAUUGUAAAGAGAAUUAUUUCAUUUCUGAGUGUUUGGUGACCAGAAGUGAGGAUUUAACAAAAACGAAAGAAGUUUUUCUAGGGGUUGUCACCCUCGGGGAGGAUUUCGAUAGACGGGUUUUGACAAAAAUAGAACAACCGUAUAUUUUAGAUAUCGAUCUGGAUUUUUUCAGUACGAGCAAUCCGUUCAAAGAAAUCUACAGCAAGAGUAAUACUUACACCCACUUGAAAGAAAUCUACAAAUUUCAGCAACCAAAAAAUAAGGGAGAUAUUUUUGAAUGCGUACAAAGUCGCGAGAAACAAAUGGGUGAGUUGGAAGCCGUUUUUAAGCACUUGCAGGAACAUAAAACUUUACCUGAGGAGGUUCCUUGUGGGGUGAGGGAGUUAAGAGAUUGCUUACUAAAAAAUUAUAAAGAGGAGGAAAUCGACUGGGAGUUGGUACAUGAUGCUGGAUGCACUUGUGAUGAUACCGAACUUCCCCACCAUGUGUCUAGUGAAGAGGAGUUAACGGUGAUGUUUGAGAGAUUUCGCGGUUUUGUGGAGGGAUUGAAGGUUGAACCGGUGAUUGUGACCGUUUCAAGGUCUACUGAAGAUGAUUAUACACCCAGUGAAGACGUGGAGAAGAUCCAGGAGUUUGUUUUGGAGUGUUUGAGGAAGAGGUUUGAGUGUGGGGAAAUAGUUCUAGAUUAUCAGAAAGAGACUGAGUAGUAGUGCACUGUUACAGUCAUCAGGGUGUUGUUGGUUAAUAAUUUAUGAUUUUUUCUAAGUGUGAUUUGAAACUGCAUCAAUAAAUACAAUGCAAAGCA